AUGAAUAUUGAUAAGAUUGCAAUGAUUGGGUGCGGCAGUAUGGGAGGCGGCAUGUCCCUUCUGUUCGCCGAGAAUGGGCUGGAGGUCAGUAUAUCGGAUCCAUCCGAGGAGGCCAUGGACAAAGUCCUCAAUCGAGCGGAAGAGGAGGGACUGGGCGGGAAGCUGAAGAAGUUCAAAGGCGGGGACUACAAAUCCCUCUGCGCCUCGCUCAGCUCCCCCAAGCUCCUAAUCUUCAGCCUCCCCCACGGCGACGUCGGCGACAAAGUCCUCGAAGGUUUGACACCGUACCUAACAUCCAACGACAUCAUUCUCGACUGCGGCAACGAGCACUUCGCAAACACCGAGCGUCGACAGCACAAAUGCCGCUCCACCGGAAUCCACUAUCUCGGCAUCGGCGUCAGCGGCGGCUACCAAGCCGCUCGUCAAGGCCCCUCCAUGUGUCCAGGCGGCGAUGAAGAAGCCCUCCGCACCGUCAUGCCACUACUAGAGCGGGUCGCCGCGAAGGACAAGACCGGACGAAGCUGCGUCGGCGCCGUAGGAAAAGGCGGAUCAGGCCACUACGUCAAGACCGUUCACAACGGCAUCGAGCACGGCAUGAUGAGCGCCAUCUCCGAAGCGUGGGGCGUGAUGCGUGCCAUGGGCAUGGGCAUUGAGGAAAUAGGAAACGUGCUUAAGAAGUGGAACGAGAAGGGUGAGUUCAGGGGCACGUUCCUCAUCGCCAUCGGCGCGGAUCUGGCGCACAAGCGCGAUAACAAGAAGGAGCUUGUCCUGCCGACGGUUGCGGAUAAGGUCGUGCAGGAUAUCACGGGCGAAGAGGGGACGGGGAUCUGGUCGAAUACGGAGGCGAUUGAGCUGCAUGUGCCCGCGCCGACGCUGAAUGUGGCGCAUGCGUUCCGGUUGGCGUCGGCGUAUCUGGGAGACAGGGAGAAAGCGAAGAAGGUUGCGGGAGGGGGAUGGCCGCCGAGGAAGUUGGAGCUUGAGAAAGGACAGAAAGAGGUGUUUGUGGAAGAUCUUAGGAAAGCGACAUUCGCGACAUGUCUGGCGAGCUAUAUCCAAGGCCUUACCGAUAUCGAUGCUGCGAACAAAAAACAUGAGUGGAAUAUCGACUACGCUGCCGUGCUCCAGAUCUGGAAGGCUGGCUGCAUCAUCCAAGCCGACUACAUCUCGGAAGAGCUGCUCGCGCCCGUCCUCGAUUCCGAAACCCCCAAGUACAUUAACCUCCUGUUCAAUGACCGCGUGGUGAAAGACAUCCGGAAAUGCAUGGGUAGUCUACGGAAAGUGGUAGCCAAGGGGGUGGAGUCGGAUCAGGUUAUUCCGACGCUGAGUGCGAGUUUGGAGUAUUUCAAGAUUGCGACGGGGACGAAUCUGCCGACAAGCUUUUAUGAGGCGGAGCUGGACUAUUUUGGGGCGCAUAUGUUUGAUAGGAAGGGGGAGGAGGGGAUCAGGGGACCCACAGAGGGGAAGCACCAUUUUGAGUGGAAACCGGCGAGGACGGCGGAUGGGCAGGAGGAAAGGUGA